UCACUUAGAUCUGUCAUCUGUGUCAGUAUUAAUCUCUCUAUAAAUCGAAACCUGUUCAUGUAUUAGUCUUUUCAUUACUAUAAGUCUAAAAGUCUAAAACAAAAAUGGACAACAACGACUCGAAGACACUCGCCGGUCCACACUUUCUAUUCGUAACGUUUCCAGCACAAGGUCACAUCAACCCAUGUCUCGAGCUAGCCAAACGUUUCGCCGGAACCAUCCCCGGAGCUAGAGUCACCUUCGCCGCCCCGGUCUCCGCUUACAACCGCCGCAUGUUUUCUCAAGAAAACGUCCCUGAAACCCUAACCUUCGCUACAUACUCGGACGGCUACGACGACGGCUACAAAUCCUCUACUUCCACCGACAAGUCUCGUCAAGACGCGGCUGCGAACUACAUGUCUGAUAUGAGAAGACGUGGCAAAGAGACACUAGCCGAACUUAUAGAAGAUAACCGGAGGCAGAACCGUCCUUUCACUUGUUUGGUUUACACGAUUCUUCUCACUUGGGUUGCUGAGUUAGCGCGUGAGAUUCACCUUCCUUCGGCUCUUCUUUGGGUUCAACCUGUUACAGUCUUGUCCAUCUUUUACCAUUACUUCAAUGGUUACGAAGAUGCACUUUCUGAGUUGGGUAAUAACCCCUCUGGUUCUAUUCAAUUACCGUCUCUGCCACUGCUCUGUCUCCGUGAUCUUCCUUCAUUCAUUCUCUCAUCCAACGUCUACGCGUUUCUUAUACCGGCGUUUCGAGAACAGAUUGAGUCAUUGAAAGAAGAAGCAAACCCUAAGAUCCUCAUCAACACUUUCCAAGAGCUUGAGCCAGAAGCUAUGAGCUCUGUUCCUGAUAAUAUCAAGAUUGUCCCCAUCGGUCCGUUGAUAACCUUGAGAACUGAUUCUUCGAGUCACGGUCAUGAGUACAUAGAGUGGUUGGAUACGAAACCGGAUUCGUCUGUGCUUUAUGUUUCGUUCGGGACUCUUGCCGUGCUGAUCAAGAAACAGCUUGUUGAGCUUUGCAAGGCGUUGAUUAAGAGUCGGAGGCCGUUCUUGUGGGUGAUUACGGAUAAGUUUUACAGAAGUAAAGAAGAUGAGCUAGAGAAAGAAGAAGAUUUGAUAAGUAGUUUCAGAGAAGAGCUCGAUGAGAUCGGAAUGGUGGUUUCUUGGUGCGACCAGUUUAGGGUUUUGAAUCAUAGAUCGAUAGGUUGUUUCGUGACGCAUUGCGGGUGGAACUCGACGUUGGAGAGCUUGGUAUCAGGAGUUCCGGUAGUGGCGUUUCCACAGUGGAAUGAUCAGUUGACGAACGCGAAGCUUUUAGAAGAUAGUUGGAAGACAGGUGUGAGAGUGAUGGAGAAGAAGGACGAGGAAGGAGCUGUGGUGGUGGAUAGUGAAGAGAUAGGUCGAUGCAUUGAGGAAGUGAUGGAGGAGAAAGCGGAGGAGUUUAGAAGAAACGCCGAGAGGUGGAAGGAUUUAGCGGCUGAGGCGGUGAGAGAAGGUGGCUCUUCCUUUAACAAUCUCAAAGCUUUUGCCAAUGAGCAUAUGUGAUUCAGUCUCAUUGCUUUCGUUGAUCUGUUGUAGAAUUGAGAUAUACUAUACCAUCAUUAUUUGUGCUGUCUGUUUUAGCAGAUGGUUCCAUAUCAUCAUCAUGUGAAAUAAAAUGACAAAACCACAAUACAAUAUUAACCA